AGUUCUACCUCGUCAACGACAGGAGAUUCUUUGAAAGGUGGAGAAGCAGGGAGUGGUGUGUUCAGUGGCAUUGGCACCGGUGGUGUCACCGAUGGUGUCGAUGGUGUCUCAGCCGGUCGAUCAGCAGCAAUCGCAGCGCUCACAAGAAUUAUUUGCUCAAAGCGUACAAAUGAGAAGCUUCCUAAUCAGCAGCUGGCGAGAUUCCUUUCAACUGUGCACGAGGCGUUGAUUGAGAAAGACCGGCUUGUUCUGUGCUCGUUGUUCUUCUAUGGGCAGAAUCUGUUCCGGUUAGGCCUUCCUGGUCUCGAGGCAAUUUUACCUCAUUAUUUAUUUGCCUUGGAUAUCAUACUCAUUGAAAGUAAUAAGAUCAGGCUACAUCCCUCGAUUCCUGAAGUAGAAAUGCGUAGAGCAUGUCUUCGUGGUCUAUCGUCAGUAGUUUGUUGGCCAACGACGUUCGGAAUGAGUAAAAUACCACAGCUUCCUGAAAGCGCAAAUCUCAAAUCGUCGGCGGCUACCUACCUGCAGCUACGUUCCAGAGUUUACAAAACUCUAGUUUUCAGUCUGCGAAAUGAGACCGAUCCUAUGAACCUUCCAUUUAACGCUGGGUACUUCGAUUUCUAUAAUUGUUUCUUAGUGAACAAAUCCUACCCUUCAUUUGAUUUUCGACUUUUAUGGAUCUGUCAAUGUUUUAAUUCUUUCCUACCGUCAAUGCAUGAUUCUUCAGCAAUGUGCACAGUGCUGAUGGAAGAGAGUUGCUCGUUCGAUCUAGGGCUAACCGAAGAACAGACACGUGAGAUGGUACGAAUGGCUGCGCAGCAACACGGGAAUCAAACCCCAGAGAAAGGACUCUGUGUAUCGUUCAUACGAGGGCUUGUGUCAGCGAUUUGCGAUCGGAUAUGUCGUCCUGAAUGGGCUGGUGAACAUUCGGUAUCGUUGGCUGCUAUCGAUGUGCUUAAUUGCUUGUCACAUUUGCAUCCGACGGUGCUUUUCAAUAACAAGGACGUUUCGACGGGUUCACUCAUUGUGGCGUCAUUGUGUCGAUUUAUAGAAACGCAAUUGGACAAGCCGCCUCCCCUUCAUUCAAAAGAUUUGCAUUCCAGUGUUGUGGCAGCGUAUAGUUCCAUAGCGGUAUGGCUGAAUGCUGCACCGAUGCUAGCGGAAUGUGAGAGCGGCGUUAUUGAAUACGCGUCGCAUGGAAGCAGUGCAGGCGCUCCGGAUGACUGUAAAGCAGCCAGUAAAAGAGUGCUGGAAGCAGCCGAAUACUUGAUGUAUUCAUUAUUUUCUGUUGUGGGCCGCGCCAGUCAAACUGUCUGCGAUGAACGGCGUUUGCUAUACACGUACGGUCCUGCAGCAAUUGACACGACCAAGUUCCUCCACGUAAUUGUCAAUGGAGACACACUGCUAUCACUGCAUGAGGCCUCUCAUAUCAAGGAACUGGCCGAUGGCUGUCCAUGCGUAUUGUAUAUUCGACGCUCACCGAUGCAGCCAGCAUCAGCAGGGGUGGCGAAAUUACUGCCUGAUCAGCAGCCUCCACCUACACCGUUGUCAAGCACCUUUGAUACUAUAAAGCCGAAUUCCGUUGCUUCUUCGCAAAUGGCGAAAGCAUCAGAUACGCUGUCAGUAGCAUCUUCAUCCACAGCUGUAUCCAAUACCUCAGGAAGUUCUACAAUUUCCAAGGGGAGCCAAGGGAACAAUGCCGCUACUCGAUCUGUUGCAACUGGUUCUAUUCUCAGCGGUGUGUCUGCAGCCAGCGUAGAAUCUUCCCGUACCUUAGCGGUACCGUCGUCUUCUAUGUCGGCUGAGGUGCAAUCAACGCGGUCUAGUGCGUCAGCUCCACAGAUAGCUACAUCAGUGUCUAGUGUGAAGAUUUCACCGCAAACGUCGCCUUCGGUAAAUACCUCGAUUGGAGACAAGUUUGAGGUUCCGCCAGAGUUUCAGAAAGUUUCUUGCAAACUUGACACCACUGUGAAACCUCUGGAGGCAAUAAAGGAGACAGAUGCGAUUGAGGCCGAAUUACGGCGAAUCGACGUGGAAACUCCUCAGCAGAAGGCGAUACGUGAAAGGAAUCGGUGGACGUUGAUGAGUGAGGAGGAUCGACGAGUGAAACCAGCAUUAAGUCCACCGACAUGUAAAUCGAUCCGAAUUUUGUUGUACGAUAUGGGUCUCGUUGAUCGGGUGUCGUUUGGCAAGGAUAUUGUGUGCCUGGAUAGUGGUCAAAGGUCGGUGUGUGGUUUCCUUCUCAGAAAGAAAGAAUCGUAUAAAGGUGUGCAUUACAGUUCGGAGUUCUAUCGAAGUCUCCACGAAAUGGUGGAUAGCUGUCCGACUCGUGCUUUGCAUACAACCCAUAUAUUCUACGUGAAGGAGGGACAACGAUCGGCUGUGGAUAUAUUGGAAAAUGCGGGAAAUGUGCAGAACACCAGAGCAGACUUCUGUGGUUUCUUAGCAGGACUGGGCGAAGGCGUUGAGAUUGGAGUACACGAUUCAUGGACGGGUCACUGGUCUACGGCAUACAAGCCUUUCGAAGAACCGGAUGCAGUUGAUCAUUACAUCGUUGACGGUGUCACACAUGCGAUAUGGUGGGCUGAUGCUGGUUCAGAACUCGUAUUCGUUUUGCCGACAGAACGAAGUCUACGGGCAUUCAAGCAGGAUUUGGCAUCGCCUGCUGCGAGCUCAAGAAGAGGAUCAAGCAAGACCCCCUCAGGAAUGUCAGUGUCGUCAGAUGACAUGAAAGGAGAUACUCCAUUAUCUUCGGACGUAUUUCAUGAAGGUAUACGGAAGAAGGCAAGUAGCUCAUUGGGUGGCAGCGAAAGGGACAAAGAAGGACUGUUCUCGUACGGAGGAGGAGGAUCCAGCAUGGGUAAUGCUCCACCAUCGCGACGCAGUGCAGAUCUUCGAGUAAUGUUGGUGUGGCUGGAACGUGCCGAGGACAUGCUGCACUUCCCUGUUGAUGAGCUCUUGAGUGCAUGUGACGACGGAGGUGAGCGAGUCUCGAAUGCAGCAAAUGAACGCCCGGCUCAUUUGGCAAUCUUUAUUCAUCAAGUAGAACCAGGCUUGGUGCAUAUUCGGACGAGAGGAUCAGCGAAUAGAUUCGGUGAGCCUGGACCAUUGUGCGAUUCUAUGGUUGUUUCGUUGGGAUCGCUUCCGUCUCUGAUUCGACUAACUGUCUUGAAUAUUGUGAGGCGUAAUGUAGCAGAAAUUGACAAUUACCAGUUCACGCAUACGAAGCGAAAGCAGGCCAUAAUUGAUUUUGGCAAGAAGUACGCUGCAAAUUUGACGUAUGAAGACUUCUUGUUGCGUUUGAUGAUGUGGUAA